AUGUCACAUGAUCCUGGGCGCGGCACCGUGGCUUGGCCAAUCAGGGGCCUACCCCGGCGAUCGUUUAGGUCAUUACGACAAGAGCUUGCGUUUCGACCACGACCACCAACUGCGACACUUUGGAUAGAAACCUAUUUCGACAAGCCUUGGAGGCUACUUGACCAGAUGGUCUCGUGUGGCGGCUUUGCUUGUUUCAGAGGCAUUCGUUCAAUCUGUCUACCCUUGACGACCUUUGUCGUCUUCUCUCUCAUCCUCAGCUAUGUCUGGGUACUGUAUAAACCGAACUACGGGCCUGGAUUGAGGCAAAGGAUUAGCUGGCAGUCCUGGGAGAGUGUAUCACUGGGACACUCACCAACCUCGGCUUCCCAGAACAAGAAUCAAUCAGCUGUGGGCACGGGCGACUCUAUAGAGAGACCGGACGUCGACUGGUGGAAUGUCACACAACCUGGAGAACAAGUCGAUUCUUCGAGUCUUCCUUUGGAUGUAUGGUCUCCCCUGCUACCACAUAACACUGGCCUUUCGGAGAUUGCGGUGGUUUGGUGCUGGCUCAACCCAUCCAUUAGAGAAGACUUUUGUGAGCCAGACACUACCACCGAACAGGAUGCUAUCAGAGGGAAAUGGGUGAGGGUGAGAAGGAAUUUGAAUCUGGAAGGAGGGCGGACCUCAGGCUAUCUACACAUAUACUAUCGUCGCACAAGGCGUCAAGACGUCGACAUGAUAACAAAUAUCAAAAUACUUGGUGGAAAGGAGACGCCCUCGUCCAAUCCCAGCAAAGACCGGUGGCACAAGGUUCCAACCUCGCUACGAUCUGGUAUCCGCGGCGCAGGCGACACUCCUUUAUACUUGUGGUACCAAACCGGGAAGACUCUGAGCCAGAUGUCUGAUGACGAAAAGGCCAACCUGAUCACCGAAAUCGACGUGCUAUACGGCGAUGACGUUCCUUGGUAUGGCUUUGAAAGACUCGAACCGGCCACGAUGGAGAAGAAGGGAAAAGUCCAAUCGACGUAUGUUACCUAUAGACGGGGUGUCAAAAUCCCGCCGCGAGCACCUCCCCUUCACUUUUCUCGAGACGGCAAAUUCAAAAUCAUGCAAAUCGCCGAUCUUCAUUACUCCGUUUCACAGGGAGUCUGCCGCGAUACCCUCCUCAGUCCUUGUACAGGGUCGGACAACCUCACCAACACGCUCAUCGGAAGGAUGCUCGAUGCUGAGAAACCGGAUUUGGUAGUCUUCAGCGGAGAUCAGCUGAAUGGGCAAGGAACGACCUGGGACACAAAGUCGGUGCUUGCCAAGUUUGCGAGGGCGGUAACAGAUCGGAAGAUUCCCUGGGCUGCGGUAUUUGGAAACCAUGACGAGGACGAUGGGACCCCCAAGUCUGAACAGAUGGCUUUGAUGAAGUCGCUUCCGUACAGCUUGGUAGAGUAUGGGCCCAAGGAUAUCCAUGGUGUUGGAAACUAUGUCUUGAAAGUCAAUAGCGCCGAUGCGUCAAAAACUCAUCUCUUGACGUUAUAUUUCAUGGACUCGGGCUCCUAUUCCAAGGGGUUCCUAGACUGGUUCGGGUUCUUCACCCCAACGGAAUACGACUGGAUCCGUCAGAACCAAAUUGACUGGUUCCUUCAACAAUCAGCUUCUCAUAAACCCAUUGAACGACCAUUCACCCCGGACGAUAGAAAGGAUUUCGGUCAUAUUUGGAGUCGACAAGACCAAAUCACGCCGUCAAUACGGAAAUUGGCUAAACCUAAUGCGUUGGCGUUCUUCCACAUGCCACUUCCUGAAACCUACGACCCUCCUGACUUCGAUCCAGUGACGAGAAAACCUUUGGAUGUCGGAAUCUCCGGCCAGGAAACGGAUGGGAAUGCAAAAGGAAAUGACGGGUUCUUUGAAAAAGGCAUCCUCAGUGCAUUGGAAAGCGACCAUACAUCUCGUCAGUCGAUCCCAGAGGUGAAGGUGAUCGCGAAUGGCCACUGCCAUCUGACUGAGAACUGUCGACGAGUGAAAGGCGUAUGGUUCUGCUUUGGGGGUGGAGGCUCAUAUUCUGGAUAUGGUCGGGUCGGCUUUGAUAGACGUUUCAGGAUAUACGAGAUCUCAGACUACGGAGAAACCAUUCGAACCUACAAACGGACUGAAAGUGACGAGAUUGUGGAUGAUAUGAUCCUCGUCGGUCGAGAUGCGCCUGCUCUCUGAAUGAGCUUAAGUAGUAAUAUUAUUUAUUUGUGCAUUAGUAUACCUAGUAGGAUAGUUUUUGUAGCCCAUCGCAACGGGAGACAAUCCCUUUUCAAACUA